GUAUGAAAUUGGUUGGUUGACUGUAUAUUACAUCGGAGGAAACGGAGAAUCGUAGUGAUCGGAGAAGAUGGGUGGCGUCGUUGGGUUUGUUGGUCUUGAUUCUUACAGCUUCGAAUUAGCUUCUUCGCUUCUUCGUUCUGGGUUUAAGGUUCAAGCAUUCGAGAUAAGUACAGAAUUAGUGGAGAAGUUCACUGAAUUGGGAGGACACAAAUGUGACAGCCCUGCUGAUGUUGGGAAAGGUGCAGCAGCCGUGGUGGUUUUACUAUCCCACCCUGACCAAAUUCAAGAUGUCAUUUUUGGUGAUGAGGGUGUUAUGAAAGGUCUACAGAAGGACGCUGUAUUGCUUUUGUCUUCGACAAUAUCGACUUUGCAACUCCAGAAGCUAGAGAAACAACUUACAGAGAACAGAGAGCAGAUUUUUGUUGUUGAUGCCUAUGUUUUAAAAGGGAUGUCUGAGCAUCUUGAUGGAAAACUAAUGAUAAUAGCAUCUGGAAGGUCAGAUUCGAUCACAAGAGCACAGCCCUUUCUUACUGCAAUGUGUCAGAAGCUGUACACUUUUGAGGGAGAAAUUGGUGCUGGAAGUAAAGUUAAAAUGGUGAAUGAGCUGCUUGAGGGCAUUCAUCUUGUUGCUGCUGUGGAGGCUAUAUCUUUAGGUUCUCAGGCGGGUGUGCAUCCGUGGAUUCUGUAUGACAUAAUUUCCAAUGCUGCUGGAAAUUCAUGGAUUUACAAGAAUCAUAUUCCUUUGUUGCUAAAAGAUGAUAUAGAGGGUCACUUUCUCGAUGUUCUCUCUCAGAAUCUGGGCUUUGUUGAAGAUAAAGCCAAAUCGCUCCCAUUUCCUGUCCCACUUUUGGCAGUUGCACGCCAACAACUAAUCUCCGGAAUAUCACAGAUGCAGGGAGAUGAUACAGCUACUUCAUUGGCUAAGAUCUGGGAAAAAGUACUUGGUGUUGGCAUAUUAGAAGCAGCCAAUAGAGAACUUUAUAAGCCAGAGGAUUUGGCCAAAGAAAUUACUUCUCAAGCAAAGCCUGUGAAUAGAGUUGGUUUUAUUGGUCUUGGAGCAAUGGGUUUUGGCAUGGCAGCACACCUGUUGAAAUCAAAUUUUUCUGUCCGUGGUUAUGACGUAUACAAGCCAACUCUUGUCAGAUUUGAGAAUGCCGGGGGAUUGGCGGCAAAUUCUCCAGCUGAAGUGACGAAAGAUGUAGAUGUUCUUGUAAUUAUGGUAACAAACGAGGUUCAGGCUGAGGAUGUCUUGUAUGGACAUCUUGGAGCGGUUGAAGCUAUUCCAUCUGGGGCAACUGUUGUACUUGCUUCAACAGUCUCUCCCGCUUUUGUUAGCCAACUUGAAAGGCGUCUAGAAAAUGAGGGAAAGGACCUAAAGCUGGUGGAUGCUCCUGUUUCUGGUGGUGUCAAGAGGGCUGCCAUGGGGAAACUUACGAUAAUGGCUUCAGGUACCGAUGAAGCACUUAAGUCUGCGGGACUUGUGUUAUCAGCAUUAAGUGAGAAGCUUUACGUGAUUCAAGGAGGUUGUGGGGCAGGAAGUGGUGUAAAAAUGGUCAAUCAAUUGCUUGCGGGAGUUCAUAUCGCAUCAGCUGCUGAGGCAAUGGCAUUCGGAGCUCGGUUAGGUCUGAAUACUCGAAAGCUAUUCAAUGUUAUAUCUAACAGCGGUGGAACAUCUUGGAUGUUUGAAAAUCGUGUUCCGCACAUGCUCGAUAAUGAUUAUACACCAUACUCUGCUCUUGAUAUUUUUGUCAAGGAUUUGGGAAUUGUUACUCGAGAAGGUUCAUCCCGUAAAGUUCCACUCCAUAUAUCAACAGUGGCACACCAGCUAUUCUUAGCCGGCUCUGCUGCGGGCUGGGGGCGGAUAGAUGAUGCUGGAGUGGUGAAGGUAUAUGAAACCCUUGCUGGGAUUAAAGUCGAAGGGAGACUUCCUGUUCUGAAGAAACAAGACCUACUGAAUUCUCUUCCAUCUGAAUGGCCUUUAGACCCUACAGCUGACAUACAUAGACUAAAUAUGGGAAACUCGAAGACAUUGGUUGUUCUUGAUGAUGAUCCAACCGGGACACAAACUGUUCAUGACGUAGAGGUUUUAACUGAAUGGAGUGUUGAAUCUAUUUCUGAGCAGUUCAGAAAAAAGCCUGCAUGCUUCUUCAUUUUGACAAAUUCAAGGUCAUUGAGCCCUGAGAAGGCUAGUGCGUUGAUCAAAGACAUCUGUUCCAACCUAUGUGCUGCAUCAAAAGAAGUUGGCAACGCUGACUACACGAUUGUUCUGAGGGGUGAUUCAACAUUACGUGGUCAUUUUCCUCAGGCAACAGAUGCUGCUGUCUCAAUACUUGGGGAAAUGGAUGCAUGGAUUAUUUGCCCCUUCUUCCUUCAAGGAGGACGUUAUACUAUUGAUGACGUGCAUUAUGUUGCAGAUUCUGAUAGGCUCGUUCCUGCAGGAGAGACAGAGUUUGCCAAAGACGCAUCCUUUGGAUAUAAAUCCUCAAAUCUCCGUGAGUGGGUUGAGGAGAAAACAGCUGGCGCCAUUCCCGCUGAUAGCGUUCAGUCGAUCUCAAUCCAGCUUUUAAGAAAAGGUGGCCCUGAUGCAGUGUGUGAGUUUCUAUGCAGUUUAAAGAAGGGGGCUGCAUGUAUUGUCAACGCAGCUAGUGAAAGAGACAUGGCUGUAUUUGCAGCGGGGAUGAUCCAGGCAGAACUGAAAGGAAGAUCCUUUUUAUGCCGCACUGCUGCUAGCUUUGUGUCUGCUCUAAUAGGGAUUAUUCCAAAAGAUCCAGUGUUGCCGAAAGAUUUCGCAUCUAACAAAGAAAGCAGUGGUGCACUAAUAGUUGUAGGCUCAUAUGUCCCGAAAACAACAAAGCAGGUUGAAGAACUUCAAUUACAACAUAAGCAGAAGUUAAGGAGCAUCGAGAUCUCUGUAGAAAAAGUUGCUCUCAAGUCAUCCGAAGUGAGAGAGGAAGAAAUCAGAAGAGCAGUUGAGAUGGCCGAUGCUUUCCUUCGGGCUGGCAGGGAGACUCUGAUUAUGAGCAGUCGUGAACUCAUCACGGGGAAAACAUCUUCGGAAAGUCUUGAUAUUAACAGCAAAGUGAGCUCCGCUCUGGUUGAAGUAGUGAGCAAGAUAUCUACCAGACCUCGUUAUAUUCUUGCUAAGGGUGGAAUUACGUCAUCAGACACAGCAACAAAAGCACUUAAAGCAAGACGUGCACUUGUGAUUGGUCAAGCCCUUCCUGGUGUUCCAGUAUGGAAGUUAGGUCCAGAAAGUAGACAUCCCGGAGUCCCCUACAUUGUUUUCCCAGGGAAUGUUGGUAACAGCACAGCUCUUGCAGAAGUUGUGAAGUCUUGGUCAGUUGUAGCAAGACGGUCGACAAAAGAGCUGCUUCUUAAUGCAGAAAAAGGUGGAUAUGCAGUUGGAGCAUUUAACGUGUAUAACCUGGAAGGAGUAGAAGCUGUUGUAGCAGCUGCAGAGGAAGAAAACAGUCCUGCCAUAUUGCAGGUCCAUCCAGGUGCCUUUAAGCAAGGAGGCAUUCCGUUGGUUUCAUGUUGCAUCUCUGCAGCUGAACAAGCAAGGGUUCCAAUAUCGGUACACUUUGACCAUGGAACUACAAAGCAUGAGCUAUUAGAAGCUCUUGAGCUAGGAUUGGAUUCAGUGAUGGUAGAUGGUUCUCAUCUUUCCUUCACAGAAAAUUUAGCAUACACGAAAUCCAUAACAGAAUUGGCCCGUUCCAAAAACAUUAUGGUGGAAGCUGAACUAGGCCGACUCUCAGGAACAGAGGAUGGAUUGACUGUUGAAGACUAUGAAGCAAAGCUCACCAACGUUCACCAGGCUGAGGAAUUUAUGGAAACUGGUAUAGAUGCUUUGGCUGUGUGUAUAGGAAAUGUCCAUGGAAAAUACCCCGAGUCUGGUCCAAGCCUCAAGCUUGACUUACUUAAGGAACUCCACGCCUUAAGCUCAAAGAAAGGCGUCAUUCUUGUUCUUCAUGGAGCUUCUGGUUUGUCUGAGAAGCUUAUCAAGGAAUGCAUUGAAAAUGGAGUGAGGAAGUUCAACGUGAACACAGAAGUAAGAACGGCUUACAUGGAAGCUCUUAGCUCUGGGAAGAAGACCGACCUUGUUGAUGUCAUGUCGGCAACAAAAGCAGCCAUGAAAGCUGUGAUCACCGAUAAGAUCCGUCUCUUUGGCUCUGCUGGAAAAGCUUGAGUUAUUGUUGAUGAACAAUGUCCGAUCAAUUUGUUUAGUACAGUUGUACAUCACAUCCAAAGAAUAAAAACCAACAAAUAUUACAUCACAUCCAAAGAAGAUGAAUGCAUUGUAUGCAAUGCAGAUGCACUGUUGUUGGAAAUAAAGAAAACAUUUUUAG